CCGCCUCCUCCACCGGUGCCCUCGUCCGAUCCCCAUCUGAUCGCCGUCGAAGAUAAGCAUCAAUCCACCCCGAAGCCCGCCGUCGAUCAUGGCCUCUUCGAGAUGGCGCCCUCUGAGGCACUCGCCCUGCUGAGCGCCGGCGUCGAGCUGCUCGUCAGGAUAACCGGGGACGUACCCCCGACGCCACCUCCAAAGUCUCCCACUGUACCGCACAUGAGCGGCAUGCAGGCCGAGAAGGAGAAUAUUGUGCGAUCCCACUCGGACAAGAACCUCGCCAGGAUGAGGAAGCAGGCCGAGCUCGAGGCCAAGAAAUUGGUCGUCGCCAAGGAAUCGCCAGCUCCAAAGCCAGAGAGUCACGACUCGGGCGCCAUUGACGGUGUCCGGCUGAAGCAGCCCGCAGGUCUCAUGUCGCCGCCUCCUCAAUCGGAACCAUACGUUGUUGUCGGUGCUGAUUCGCAGCCCGUCAAUCUUCAGCACAGCGCCAUUACGCGCAAGUUUUAUAGCAAGAACGAGCCGCCCAUUAGCAUCAACCAGUAUCUUCAGCGUUUACACCAGUUCUGCCCAAUGAGCACGGCAGUAUACCUCGCCACGUCUUUAUACAUACACCGAUUGGCAGUUGACGAGCGAGCUAUUCCAGUUACUAGACGCAAUGCCCAUCGACUGGUCUUGGCUGGUCUUCGGGUUGCGAUGAAGGCACUCGAGGACCUAUCCUAUCCUCAUGCCAAGAUGGCCAAGGUGGGAGGUGUCAGCGAGGCAGAACUUGCUCGUCUAGAAAUCAGCUUCUGUUUCCUAGUCGGAUUUGAACUGGUCGUUGGCGAGACACGCUUACAGAAGCAUUAUCAAAGAUUGAAGGAGGGA